UUUUCGUCCUCCUUUUUUCUCUUUCGUCUUUCUCUCUUUCAAAAGCUGUUAAAGCUGAUACAAAAAGGACUUUUUUCAAGCGAGCCGAGAAAUUUGUGAAAGAGUACACAGCUAAAGAGCGAGAUGCCAUCAGACUUGACUUGCCCGGUGUCAUUGGCAUUCAUCAGCGACCACGCAAAGUUCUCCAGCUCUUCAAGUUGCGUCAGAUCAACACUGGAAUCUUCUUGAAAUUAAAUAAAGCCACACUCAGCAUGCUGAAAAUUGCAGAGCCAUAUCUCACAUGGGGGGUGCCCAGUCUAAAGACAGUCAGAGAAGUAAUUUACAAACGAGGCAAUGGCAAAGUUGACCGCAAGAAGGUUCUAUUGACUGACAAUUCUGUUAUAGAAAAGGAAUUAGGAGACAAAGAUAUCAUUUGUAUGGAAGAUCUCAUCCAUGAGAUCAUGACACUUGGUCCCAACUUCAAGUACGCUACCAAUUUCCUGAUGCCAUUUAAGCUGUCUCCUCCCCUGUGUGGCUGGCGGCGGAAGAACAGGCACUUCAAGGAUGGAGGUUCAUUUGGUGACAGAGGCACUGCAUUUGAUGCCUUGGUGAAACAGAUGAUCUAA